AAUUCCUUUUUUCUUCUCUUGGAGGCCUUUCUGUUUAAAGACAUUUUAGCUGGAAGAUGCUAAUUAUCAAUGAGGAGAAAGUGACACCUGAAGAGUUCAUUUUCCAUCUUCGUCUUUGGUUUUUCCUUUGAACUCUCUUUACACGGCCCUCUUUCCCACUUCAUCACUUCUCCCCCACCAUCAUAAAAGAGAGCUCUUCCUUGGCCAGGCGGCAGAACUUUCUCACUUGCCAGGGAGCCAUUCCCUCUGCAGCUGUCUCGCAGGCAUGGACAACCUGCAUGAGACCUUUCUCAGUCUCGAGGAUGGCUUGGGCUCCUCUGACAGCCCUGGGCUGCUGUCUUCCUGGGACUGGAAGGACAGGGCAGGGCCCUUUGAGCUGACCCAGGCCUCCCCUUCUCAGAGCCUUUCCCCAGCUCCAUCACUGGAGUCCUAUUCUUCAACUGUGGCUGGGCUGCCCUGUGAGCAUGGUGGGGCCAGCAGUGGGGGCAGUGAUGGCUGCAGUGUCGGUGGGACCCGUGGCUUGGUAGAGGUGGACUACAAUAUGUUAGCUUUCCAGCCCGCCUACCUCCAGGGUGGUGGUGGCCCCAAGGCCCAGAAGGGCACCAAAGUCAGGAUGUCUGUCCAGCGGAGGCGGAAAGCCAGCGAGAGGGAGAAGCUCAGGAUGAGGACAUUGGCAGAUGCACUGCAUACCCUCCGGAAUUACCUGCCACCUAUAUACAGCCAGAGAGGCCAGCCGCUCACCAAGAUCCAGACACUCAAGUACACCAUCAAGUACAUCGGGGAACUCACAGACCUCCUCAACCGCGGCAGAGAGCCCAGAGCCCAGAGCGCGUGAGCUCUGUCCGGGGAAGCUGACCAGUUCCAGCCUCCUGAGCAGGAGUAGAGGAGCUUCGAAGACCUGGACGUCUUGCUGAACAAUGACUGGCAUAGAGCAAUUUUUAUGUAGUAAUCGUGGUAAUCCUGUGAUCUGAAAAACCCUAAGGGAAUUCACAUCUGACCUGCUGGACCCACCAGAACACUUACCUGCCAGAUGAGCAGACACUUUUGCCUCCAGUUUAUUCCACCAUCUCUGGGAGGCUCAUCCUUUGCAAAGAGACAGAUUAUUUUGCCCUUCUCUGUCUUUCAAGGUAUUUGAGAGGGUCAGUGAUUUUAAAUGCAUUUUUUCAGUGACGUAAAAGUGUUGCAGUAAUCUCCUGCCAUUUCGGUGUUGAGAACUUUUCUUCUGUUGAUAACUAAACCUGUAUUUUGUAUAGGAUCCGGGGUGAUACCUGGAUUCUUAUUUAGAAAGAUUUGUGCCAGGUAAAGGGCUUUAGUGCUCCUCUUUCAUUUUGUAUGUGUAUGUGUGUGUGUGUUUGACUGAAAUCAUGCUCUUUUAGGGACCAAAAUCACUGAAAUGCAGAAGGCACUGGUGUCGUGAUGAAUGGGAAGUCAUAGGCAGACAGGCUAAGUUAAGACAGUGAACAUCCCAAAGGCCAGAGCCUCCUCUGCAUAGGCAGACAGCUUGUGUGACAGGGAAGGAGGGUAUGGGAAGGAGGAGGAGGAGAAGAGG